AUGGAGCAAGAGGAGCUCGAAGCCCUCAAGACGGCGCUGCUCGACCGGCUCAGGGAGAGUGGUGAAGCCAACAGACUGCUCAGGAUACUCAAGCAGAGGCUAGUCAGCGUCGGCUGGGACGAGGACGUUCGACAGCUAGCGCUCGACGAUCUCGCGAGGGCAGACACGCUCGACACUCGCGCCUCCAUCUCACGUAUCAGUGAAGAGGCUGCUGAUCUCGUUCCCGAUGCUGUCCGCAACGAGCUCAUCGACAGCCGGCUCGCCUCGUCAUCGUCGCUCGAGACCCUGGACACCAGGCUAGAGAGACCGACCGGUCAGAGAUCACAGACAGAAGCGCGAGCAGAUGCCAAUCCUGACUGGCAUCUCCACAUGCUCGUCGCACUGCUGAUCCGGCAGUCACUCGCUGGCCUAGCGAAGCAGCAGAGCAGCCGCGAACUAUCUGAUCCCGCAAAGGUGACCUCGCCCAUCGCUAUAGGCUCGCGACUUGGUACAGAGCGUGUACAUGAUGUUCAAGCUGCCUGGAUUGCAUCAGCUGUCUCGACUUUGACCCUGAGCAUACUUCCGCUGCUAUACAUGCCCGUACAGUGCGCUCGGUUGCCACAGCAUCGCAAGCGCAUCACUAUGCCCUUGUCCGCACAGAGGAGCACCUGCCUGCCUGACUUGAAAGUGUGGAUGGCUGGUCUGUCGGUCGACGAGCAGUAUGAGCUCAUCACGCGGCGGCUGCAAGAGGUUCUCGGCGGUGCUGCCAUCCGGACCAAACUCGAAGCCUCGCGAGAGUCAGGUCAACCUGUACGACUCUACUGGGGUACAGCGACGACGGGACGACCCCAUGUCGGCUACUUGGUCCCUUUGGCCAAAAUUGCAGACUUUCUCAGAGCAGGCCUCCAUGUCAAAGUCCUCCUCGCAGACGUCCACGCCUUCCUCGACAACCUCAAGGCGCCCAUCGAGCUCAUCAACCACCGCGUAGACUUCUACCGCCGAGUUCUUCUCUCCGUCCUGAGAUCGAUCGGCGUCGAGACCGACAAGCUCGAGUUUGUCACGGGCUCUUCCUACCAGUAUGGUCCAAAGUACAACAUGGACAAGUACAAGCUAUGCGCCAUCACUUCCGAGCAUGACGCCAAGCGAGCUGGCGCAGAAGUCGUCAAGCAGACCACCAGCGCGCCACUGAGCGGUCUACUCUACCCACUCUUGCAGGCGCUCGACGAGGAAUACUUGGGCGUGGAUAUCCAAUUUGGCGGCGUCGAUCAGAGGAAGAUCUUCAUCUACGCCGAAGAGCAUCUGCCUAAGCUGGGGUAUGCGCAAAGGGCACAUCUCAUGAACGCUAUGGUGCCAGGCCUGGCAGGCGGUAAAAUGUCCUCGUCAGAUCCAAACAGCAAGAUCGACUUUCUCGACGGGCCGAAAGAUGUCGCAAAGAAGCUCAAAGCAGCUUUGGCAGCGCCUGGCAUUGUCGAAGGCAACGGCGUCCUUGCCUUCAUCAAAGCUGUCGUGAUGCCGAUCAGCUCACUCAAGCUUACUCAGCUUGGCAAAUCGCCUUUUGCACAUGCAGAUGCACCUCCUGCAACUCUCCUCACCGUCGAACGUCCAGACCAAUACGGAGGCACGCGACACUACUCAGACUACGACGCCCUCGAAAAGGAUUAUGCAAGCGAGGACUUGCAUCCGAAGGACAUCAAAGAUGCCGUCACUGUUGCGAUUAACCAUAUCCUCGAACCAGUCCAGGCAGAGUUUGCGACAGACAAGUCGUGGCAGGAGAUCGACGCGCUGGCUUACCCUCCUCCUGUCAAAGUGGUCAAAAGCAAAAAGCCAAAGACGACGAAAGAAGAAUACGAGCGACUCAAGUCGCAGCAAGCUUCUUCGUCCACAGCUGAUGACGGUCAGAUCACCCUUGACAGCGUCAGAGCUGCAGCAGAUGCAAUCAGUGAUGUACCGAUACCGGACAGCAACAGCAACCCUUAG